UGUACUGCAUCAGACUGCUGCGUGACUUCCUUCCUGCCCAAACUUGACGUCACGAAACGGAAGAGUUUUCACUUAUUUAUUUCCAUGCUAAUAUGGCAGCGCCGUCGGGCGGAGGCGAUACGGGCACUGGCAAUGACCAGAUAAUUGUCUUGGGAUCUGCACUUCUCAAUAACUUUGUCUAUGAACGAGUUCGUCGUCAUGGGGACAGCGAAGCUGAAGUAACCCGAAGUCAGCUGGGUCCUGUUGAGCUGUGUGACCCCAACCAUAAACGUAUUGGGCAGUUUUUACAGCAGAUUGGAGAUGAGCUGGAUGGAAAUGUGCAGCUACAAAGUAUGGUAAAUGAUCCUGCUCUUCAACCAACUCAAGAAGUCUUCAUGAAAGUGGCCCGAGAGAUCUUCUCUGAUGGGAAGUUCAACUGGGGCAGAGUGGUGGCGCUUUUCUACUUUGCGUGUCGGCUUGUCAUCAAGGCUAUUGCAACCAAGAUUCCUGACAUCAUCAGAACCAUCCUAAGCUGGACUAUGUCCUACAUUCAGGAACACGUUAUUAACUGGAUCAGGGAACAGGGUGGAUGGGAGGGAAUCCGCUCCUAUUUCGGGACCCCGACAUGGCAGACUAUCGGUGUAUUCCUGGCCGGGGUACUCACCACAGUAGUGGUGAUCCGCAAAAUGUGAAAAGACUGACAGAAGGGUGGAGAGCAAGAGAAGAGAGAGUUGAGAGACCACGAGUAGAGGCUGAAACAGACCAGCAAAGAAGAACAGAAAGAUGAGGAGGAAGAGAAAGGGAUUUGGAGUAGAGAACUAAUUCUAAACUAAUUGAAAGAGAGAGAGGAGGAGAAAAGAGAGAGAGAGGAAAGCAUGAUGUAACUGCCUCAAGCCACUAUUGUUAGUGCAAAGCCUGUGCUCUUUCUCAUCUACAACUUUAAACCUUGAUAACAUUUGCACAGAGAUUAAUGCAUCAGAGUCCAGGUGUAGGCUAGAUUUUAGCUACUUAUUUUUAGGUUGGGCUUAUGACUGUUUAGGUUAUAUAAAAGAAUGGAUUAGUAUUUGAUUUAAUUUAUAGACAUUGUCUCAAUGCAGAAUUUUCUAAGUUAGGAGUCUCAUAUUCUUAUAUUAUCAUUUUUUGUCCUAAAUUGUGUAUAAAGACAGUCAAAAUGACAUUUGAUAAACAGUUGUCUUAUAAUAGCUUAUAAAUGGAAUUAAUAUAUAUUGUUAUAGCUGUUUUUUUUUUUUGAGUGCACUCUUAUCUGAAAGAGUAGGAAUGGGCUCGGAAUUUCUCCUCUUUCUAAUUCCUCCUCACCUUUCUUUGUUAAAUGUCUCCUAUAGUUCAUCAGAAUAGGGGCUAUGAAAUGUCUAUGAAGUUGAUUGUACUUGAAAGUACAGGUUUAGCCUCUUAAGAGUUCAUGAAAUGUUUGUGCAGCCAACCAAUCAGCACUCUGGU